CCCACCCUCCCUCCCCAGUUACGAAGACUUGAAAGUUCAAAGGUAUCGUCUUACCCUACUCCUUUGACUAACAGUUCUUAAAAAAAAAAAAAAAAAAAAAAAAAUUGAUGGCCGUUACUCUUUCUCCCAGCCGCCUCUCCCUAACUCCGUCUCUUCCCCAUGCCCACCUUAGCCCUCCCAUGUCUGUCCUACGCCGCCUCUCUCUCCCCCAAUUGAGGCCCCACCCCCAUCGCCGCUUCUCCAUUGCUGCUGCUGUACGUCAGGACACCACCGUUUGGACCCCAGCGCCUCUCUCCCUAGUCGAGCCUGCCGCCGAGUCCAUUUUCCACGUCUCCAUCGACAUCUCCGACUCACCUGACCUAGCCGCCUCCCACACCUGCGCCGGCCAGUACCUCCAGCUCCGAGUUCCUGUCUCCGACAAGCCCUCCUUCCUUGCCAUCGCGUCCCCGCCCUCUUUUGCCGCCGCAAGUGGCAACUUCGAGUUCCUGGUGAAGAGCAUCGCCGGCUCCACUGCCGAGCUUCUCUGUGGCUUGAGGAAAGGAGAUGUGGUUGAACUCAGCCCGGUCAUGGGGAGAGGCUUCGGGAUCGACCGGAUUGAGCCGCCCGAUGCUUAUCCUACGGUUCUUAUUUUCGCCACCGGAUCGGGGAUCAGUCCAAUUCGGUCUCUCAUUGAGUCAGGUUUUGGUGCUUCUAAGAGAUCUGAUGUGAGGCUUUAUUAUGGGGCUAGAAACCUUAAGCGAAUGGCUUAUCAGGAUAGAUUUAGAGAUUGGGAAUCUUCUGGGGUUAAGAUUGUGCCUGUGUUAUCCCAACCGGAUGACAGUUGGACGGGCGAAAGUGGCUAUGUACAGGCUGCUUUCAGUAGAGCGAAGCAAAUUUACAGCCCUCAGUCUGUUGGUGCUGUACUCUGUGGGCAGAAACAGAUGACUGAGGAGAUUACCUCAAUUCUUGUAGCAGAUGGGGUGUCAAGUGAGAAGAUACUAAAGAACUUUUGACAAACCAGAUGGAGGCUGUAUUAUUGUAAUAUUGUUGAGCAACCGUUAGUGAUUUAUUUGUUCCAAUCGCUGAAGAUAUUCUCAGCUUGGCAUAGAAAAUAAAAUAAUUUUAGGGUUUGUGAGCAUCCUUUUAGGACCAAUACAGAAUGAAAACUGCCUCUCAAGCAAGCUAGGUUGCAGGAUUCAUACUAAAGUUUUGACAAGGAGUGAACGAACUCGCUGAAUUCAUGGCAAUCCACUUUGUGCCUAAUACUUCGUUGUAGCAUACAAAAGUCGGAGGUAAUUCCAUUCCGAAUAAUGAAAUUGAGCCAUUGUGUUGAAGUGACCAAAGUGGUUGCUCUUUAUUGAAUAAGAGAUAAAACUCUUUUGUCUCGUUGGGCAGGAAUCAGCUAUGCGGGAUAGGCUUGUUAUCCCAUAGAUUUGUAUUUGGGUUAAUUAUACCUAUAUUUAAGCA